UUUAGGGUUGAUAUGAUUCAUUUUCACAUAUGGUAGGCGAAAAAUACAGUAGAAUAACUGUCAUCAGUUGCUUUGGAUACACGCUAGUACACUGCAAACUUUGACAUGUUUUUUGUUGAGUUGGUGUCUUCAGUUUUUUCCCUAAGAGUGUCUUAAAGUUUCGCAAAAUAUUUAAAGUAGUGCUUCAUUUUGAAAGUUUUAGGAUGUGUGACAUUUAUGCAAAUAACAAGUACCUGGAAAACAAAAUGUAUAGUUUAAAUUGUUUGUAUAAAGAAAACAUGAUAGCUGCUUUUAAAUAAAUAUCGUGUCAAAUCAUCAGUGCAUGAUUGCAUGAAAAUAUAUACGACUAUUUAUAUCUGGAUAAAAUAAUCACUACAUCAUGAAAAAGACACAAAGUGCUAAUUCGAUAUUUCAAGAUUUACUACAAGAAAUUCAACAAAAGAACGAAGUUAAACUCAUCUCGGAUACAUUUUCUAAACUAAAAUCAAAUUGCGAACGUGUUACUUUUGUUCACGAACUUUUAGAAAAAAAUAAACUAUUGCCUAAAUUGAUUUUUGAUAAAAAAUGUGACGAAGCAGCUGUUCGAUUAAGAGAAGAAGGAAAUCUAAAAUUUAAAAAGAAAAGACUGAAAGAAGCUGUGGAUUUUUAUACUGAAAGUAUGGGAUAUUCUUGUAGUUUUGAAAAUUAUUCUAAGGCUUUAGCAAAUAGGUCAGCUGCGUUAUUCGAGUUGGAAUUAUAUGAAGAAUGUUUAAAUGACAUUAACAAAGCUCUUGAACACCAUUAUCCAGAUGAUUUAAAAUCAAAAUUACUAAGACGUAAAGAAAAGGUAUUGCAAUAUAAAUCCUCAGAUGAUGAAAAUAAAUAUUUUAAUCCAAUUCCAGAUAUUUUAGACGAUUUAAAGUCAAAUUAUAUACAAUGUGCAUCAAAUUCAGUAGAAAUAAAGUAUUCAGAGUCACAAGGAAGACAUAUUGUUGCCACCAAAAAUAUUAAUAUUGGAGAGAUUUUAGCUGUAGAGACACCUUUUAGCCAAAUAUUAGUUUCUGAAUACUUCAAUCAUUGCCAUAACUGUUUAAAACUUUGUUAUAACUUAUUGCCUUGUGAACACUGUACUAGAUCUUUUUAUUGCAAUGAAAAUUGUAGAAAAAAUGCUCUUAAAUACCACAAAUACGAAUGUAACAUACUUAAAACAUUGUUAAGUUUAAAAUUAGAUAAAAUGAAGUUAUUACCUCUCAAAAUAUCCCUUUCAGUAAAAAACUUGUACCCAACAAUAUCUCAAAUUACGCAGCUAGAUCCGAAUGAAAUUUACAAAUCUGAUGAAUACAAAGAAAUACACAACUUAAUAGGUAAUACUGACACCAGAACAGUAGCAGACCUCUUCGAGCGAUCUACAACUGCAGCAGUAAUUUUUUCACUAAUCAAGAAUAAUGCAGAUUUCUUUUCCUCUGACGAAGACGAAACUAUUUUUAAAGAGCUACUAUUAUUACAUUUUCAAACAGCUUCUUGCAACUUUCAUGAAAUUUCAGAGUUAUCAAAAAACGAAGGCGGAUAUUAUGAGACUGAAGAAAUAGGCGCAGGAGCAUUUUCAUUUUUGAGUUUAUUUAAUCACAGUUGUAAUCCGAAUGUCGUUAGACAUUGUCAUGGGGAUGCUGUUGUUGUUAGAGCUAUUCGAAGUAUUGAGAAAGGAGAACAGUGCUAUGACAAUUAUGGAUACCAUUUUGCUGUUAUGCCAAAACUACAUCGGAUACAGAAUUUAAAAAAGCAAUACUUUUUUGACUGCAAUUGCAACGUGUGUGAAAACAACUGGCCACUACUUUCUGAUUUACCGUUUACAGAUGUUGAGACAGGUGUCACGGCCGAAGAUAUUACUAGUUUAAGAAAAGGAAAUAAAAAAAUUGCUGAAGAUGUUUUGGUCAAGCUGUUACCCAAAAUGCAGAAGUUGGAGAAAGUUCAGCCCAAUAAAUUGUUUUUCGAAAUGCAGGAGGUUUUGAAGCAGUGUUAUGCCUUGCUAGGAAAUGUUAGGAGAUAUUGAAUAAUAAAGUUUAAUUAUUUUUA